CCCACGAAUCUGAUCCUUUCAAAAUCUAGAGAGAGAAAGAGAAAGGGUGUAAUGCAGCAAAACUAGCAGUCGAAGCUUAGCAGAUUCAGGUUCGUGUAGUUGACAGAAACCCUAGGUGGUUUUGUAGUUUUGUUCGUGAAAUUAUAUAAAUUAUAUAUACACAUAUAUAGAAAGAGUAGAGGUCGAGGGAGGUAAUGCAACAAUCUAUAAUUCGAAGCAAAGCAGAGUCAAAUGCUCUGAUUCGAAACCCUAAUUUCAGAAACCAUAUAACAUUUUGGUUGUGAAGUUCUAGAGAGAAGGGGGGCGAUGCUGCAAACGAGCUUCCGAAACGAAGCAUAUUCGAAUUAUCGAAAACCUAGCCCUAAUCAAUGCCAUUAUCACCAAAAGGGAAAUCGCAGCCGCCGUUGAAGAAACGUCCGAGCUGGUCAGACAUCUGGUUCAGAGACCAAGAACUCAAGCAUGUUUUUCUCAAAAUGCGAUUGCAUUCUCUCUCUGAUUCGCGAUUGCAAUCUCUAUCUGAUUCGCGAUUGCAAUCUCUAUCUGGAACGCCACCAUCAGAACCAGAGGAAACCCUAGCCAUAGACAACCCUACUGGUCCCGAUUCCACCUCCCUUCUUUCCGACCAGCUUCUCCUUAUCAUCCUCUCUAAGCUCCCUCAGUCUCAACACAUUUCUAAUUCUUUGGUCUGCAGACGAUGGUCCAAACUUAGCGGCCGACUCGUUUCCUCUGUCAAGCUCUUAGAUUGGGAUUUUCUAGAAUCUGGUCGUCUGGUUUAUCGGUUCCCAAAUCUCACGGAUAUCGAUCUUGUUCGAGCCUGUUUACAGUCGACUCGCAACUCAGGAAUCUUGUUGACCCAUAAACUUCUAUCCAUUCACCUCGAUUCUGGCUUCUCGGGUGAUGGGUUUAUUAGGAAGCAGGAUUUAUUGCAUUCGAAUGUAAUUGAUGCAGGGUUGCGAAUUCUCAUUGAGGGGUGCGCUAAUUUGAGAAAGCUUGUACUGAUUGGUGCAAGCAAGGAAGCAUUGUCGUGUGUUGCUGAGUGCCUGACUCUCCAGGAAUUAGAGUUGCAUUGUUGUGCAGAUUCAUCAUUGGGAGGAAUUUCUGGGUGCCAGAAUUUACAGAUUUUGAAAUUGAUAGGUUGUGUUGAUGGGUUUUACAAUGCAGUGAUUUCGGACAUUGGGUUGACAAUUGUGGCGCAAGGGUGUAGGCGGUUAGUGAAACUCGAGCUGGUUGGUAAUGAAGGGAGCUAUGAUGGGAUCAAAGCUAUUGGCCAGUGCUGCCCAAUGCUUGAGGAGCUGACCCUAUUCAAUCACAGAAUGGAUGGUGGGUGGUUGGCGGCACUUUCAUUUUGUGGAAAUUUGAAGACUUUAAAGCUUCAGCAUUGCAAGAGUAUUGAUCUAAGUCCAUGGCCUGAUGAGCAUUUGGGUUCCUGUCUCACUCUUGAAGAACUACAUUUGCAGGGUUGUCAUAUGCGGGAUAAACAGGGGGUGAGAGCACUGUUUCUAGUGUGUGAGACAGUUAGGGAACUUGUUUUUGAGGACUGUUGGGGAUUGGACAACCAUAUAUUUAGCUCUGCAAGCAUUUGCAGGAGGGUAAGGCUUCUAUCUUUGCAUGGAUGCUCAUUACUAUCAGCGGAAGGUUUGGACUCUGUAAUUCACUCUUGGAAAGAGCUCAAAACGCUCAGGGUAGUUUCAUGUAACAAUAUAAAGGAUAGUGAAGUCACCCCAGCACUGGCAGCCUUAUUUCCUGUUCUUAAAGAGUUGAAAUGGAGGCCAGAUUCCAUCUCUCUUCUGUCGUCGGGUCUUGUGGGGACUGGAGUAAGAAAGAAAGGCGGUAGAUCUUUCAAGAGGACCUGAAACUUGAAGCUGCUAAUUGAUGUUGAAAUUAUGAACUGUUGCUGGAUGGGUACUUUGAUAUUUAACAUGGCAGCUGCAGAGGGUUUAGCAUUACAUGCAGGCAGACGUUCUCAAUACACUGCAAUUGUUCUCUUGCCUGUUUCAAAUGGUUAGCAUAGUCGGUAGGAGAAGGAUUCACAUUUUUUAACUACAGGGAGUCUGACAAUGGGUGCUAGUAAUGCUAAGAAAUUAUUUUCCUUUGACCCUUAAUGUUUAUGGGGUAACUAUUUUGCUGUAUGCAACAUGUCAGCUGAACUUAACUCCAUUAAUGUAUUUUAGUAAUGGCACUCUUUCUCUUAUAGUGAAGAAGUUAGAUGUGCUAAUUUUUUAUAGAUUAGUUCUACUGAUUUUUAGGAGUCAAAAUAAGUGAUGUUACUUCAGCAGUUAUUUUUAUUCAUUUUCUGUAAUUUAUCCAUUUUCUAUAAUUCUAUUUUCUUUUUUAACAUAAUGUAUAUCCAGCAUGUCAAAGGAAUCACCUUUUUGUUUUCUCCCUAGCACACAUACUAGUUGUGCCAUCUGCAAUGUGAAGUUCUAAAAUUCCUUGUGACCUCUGUCUGUUAAAUGGGUUUUCCAAUAAUAACAAUUAUCAUUAUAAUAAUUAUUUUUUUAUAGUACUUA